AUGGACGACAUCUGCGAUUCACUGAAGGAUACCAAAACCGCAACAAAACGGGCGGGUGAGGUUGACAAGAUACUCAAGAGUGGACAUUUCAAAAUCAAAGAAUGGAUCUCUAAUAUCCCGACACACGGAGAGGAAACCAAAUCAGAGCUUCCAAAUGAAAAGGUUCUAGGAGCGGUUUGGGAUCGGAAAACUGAUGAAAUUGCAAUCGCGGUGAAGCCACCAAAAUGGCUAGCAAUGGAAGAAGGCCAAUUGAUGAAAAUCCCUGACAAGCUGACAAAGCGGAUGGUACUCAGUGCCCUAGCGGGAGUUUUUGACGUGAUAGGCAUCGCCGCUCCAGUCAUCUUGACUGCAAAGAUCUGGUUACAAGAGUUGUGGAAGGAGAAAUAUCAAUGGGAUGAAGACCUCCCUGAGCCUGUAAAACAAAAAUUGGCAACGUGGUUUAAAGACUUGCAGAGGCUGAAAGCAUACAAAAUCGAACGAUGCCUAACCCCAACCGAGUCUGAAGGUCAACCAAUAUUAGUCAUCUUCGGUGAUGCGUCUGAAAACGGAUUCGGCUGCGUCGCGUACGUAAGAUGGAAAAAUUCCGACGGCUAUGAAACUCGGUUCGUGAGGGCAAAAUCUAGGGUCGCGCCGCUAAAACCGCUCACAAUACCGCGAUUAGAAUUACAAGCAGCAGUCUUGGCCAGCCGUUUGAAAGAAACCAUUAUUGCGGAAAUGCGAUUCGAUGUAGAAAAUACUGUUCUGUUUUCUGAUUCUAUGAUAGUUUUAGCAUGGAUAAAGAGUGAAGCCAGAACCUUUAACACAUUCAUAUCCAACCGCAUUGGCGAAAUCCAGAUGAAGACGGAUGUGAAAGGUUGGCGGCACUGUCCUAGCGAACUGAACAUUGCCGAUGACGUCAGCAGAGGGUGCUCCGUGGAAAACUUGGCUGAAUCUUGGAAGUACGGGCCACCUUUUUUGAAAUUGCCCAUAAGUGAGUGGCCUACCGUGGAAGACACCGACUGUCAGGAUGAAAGUGAGUUAAAAUCCGCUCGCAUGAUCAUGAAUGUAUCCGUAGCCGCGCCGAUACUUGCAAACAUGAAUACAUUCUCAUCUCAGUCACGCGCAAUCAGAGUUACAGCGCACAUAAUGCGGUUCAAACAAAACUUCUGCACAAUGUGGAAAUUCAAAUGUCAGCCGCGUUCAGGACCAUUGUCAGUAGAAGAAGUUGAAAAUGCGGAGAAAAAACUUCGCAUUCAUGCACAAUCUUCGCUUCAUCUGUUGCUUGGAAAACAUGAGCUGGCCAGCCUUUCACCAUUUGUGGACAGCGAAGGAAUCAUUAGGGUAGGCGGACGAGUAGGAAAGGCUAUGGUUAGCUAUGAUACACAACAUCCUGCUCUCUUGCCAAACAAUCACUGGUAUUCAAAUCUCAUUGUUCACAGGGCACAUCAAUAUGGACAUUCUGGUGUAGCAGCGACUGCGGCGAAAGUAAGGAGAAAGUACUGGAUUAUUGGGGUGACUAGGCUGGCGAAGACGGUCAAGUAUCGAUGUGUCUUCUGUCGCAAGAUGACAGCCGAGUCAGAAAUGCAGAUCAUGGCAGAACUUCCAGUGGAGCGCUUACAGCCAAUGACACCUCCAUUCAAGAAUACCGCAUUGGAUCUCUUCGGCCCAUUCAAGAUUAGGAUAACCAGAAACAAACAUGACAAGGCAUACGGAGUAUUAUUCACCUGUCUAAAUGUGCGAGCAGUCUACUUGGAUAUAACCGUUGACUACUCAACCAUGGAGUUCCUUCAGGUCCUACGGCGCUUCUUCUCAAUCCGAGGUACCCCUCAGACCAUCCUCAGCGAUCGUGGUCCCCAACUGGUAGGUUCCGCUCCACAAGUGAAAGAAUGGUGCUGCGAGCGAGUGACAAGAUGGCUGUUCCUGACCCCCACAGCUGCGCAUCAUAACGGGUGUGCCGAAGCUCUCGUCAAAUCCUGUAAAACCGCGCUCAAACACGCAAUUGGAGAUCAGGUUUUGACAGCAUUGGAGCUACAGACCGUACUAUUUGAGGUAGCUAACCUUGUAAAUGAACGACCAAUCGGGCGUUGCUCAACGGAUCCGGACGACGGUGCGUAUAUCUGCCCAAACGAUAUGUUAUUAGGACGAGCCUCAGCCACUGUACCCCAAGGGCCAUUCCAGGAGACGAACAAUCCAAGACAUCGUGUUGAGUUUUGCCAACAGAUAGUGAAGUCCUUCUGGAAUCGUUGGUAUAGAGACGUCUUUCCGACAUUGAUGCCUCGCAGAAAAUGGCAAACUACAAGAAGGGACGUGUGUGAAGGGGACUUCGUACUCAUCAAGGAAACAAAUCCAAUCCGCGGUACAUGGAAAACCGGGCGCGUUGUGAAACCGAACCCGGAUAUCGACUCUGGGGUAGAUAGCUACAGAACGAACGAGCAGGGCUGCGGGGAAUUCACUGGCGUGACCAGAAAACCUCGACGGCGGAGGGCGCCCCUAUUCGUGGGGUUCAUCUCGCCCCGGACCACCGUUGACUCAAUACUUAGGUUCUUAGUUGGUCACAAAGUGAGCGAGCCGCACGUUAGACUCAUGAAAAGCAAAAUUAGAGGCACCCAGUCAGCUAAAGUCAUUGUUGACCUACAGGACAAGGACAUGUUGCUCCAUGAGGACUUCUGGCCAGCCGGUGUCCUCUGUCGGGAGUGGAUGGAUUAG